AAACGUAACACUACUCAUUCAUACCCAAAAACGGCAUCAAAAACACGUUUUCAAGGCAGCUCCAAUAAUCAGUCCGUGUGUGCACUGGAGAUGAGCAUCGUCGGCAACUUUCCGAUCCAUUCCGAUUCAGUCAUCGUUUGUAUCGAUAAAGGUUCGCUUUAUCCCGAAGGUGAUCGAUUGAGCGCCAAACUGAAAACGCUGUAGUGCAUAGUGUAGUCAAAACAAUGGUGAUAUAUCACAGUAUUUUUGAUUUCCAGGCUCCAGAAACAGACCUGAGAAACGAUGAUGUUAGAAGUCAGCUGUUCAAAAUUUUAAGGAAGUAUCACGCGACAGGUCCUGUGGUUUCGACUGAACUGGAAGACGGGAAGAGCUUUUUGUUUGUCUUUAUCGGAAAAGAUGGCGGGCACUGGACUCUUCGAAGUUUCUCCUCGGGUUUGGUUACUUUGGAUGUCAUGCAAUAUGGGAAAGAGGAAUCUGGAGAGGAAUUAGCCGUCUCUAAAGAUCAGUUAAAAAAUUUAGCAAAGGAGAUAUUUGAUGUGAUUUCACCUCUGAAAUCAUUGCUUUUGCCACCAAUAAGUAGAGGUGCCGAUAUGAACACAUAUUAUCCUACAGAAGAUGGUCUUUUGAUUCAGUAUGACUUUGACAGACUGAUAUAUGAAACCAAUUCACCUCACCAAAACAUCAAAGUUCUUCACUCACCACAGUUUGGAAAUAUGCUUAUCCUUGAUGGCGAUAUCAACCUUGCUGAAAGUGAUAUUAUGUAUACUAAGACAAUUACAGGAAGUGGGAGAGAAGACUUUAAGGACAAAACAAUUCUCAUUCUUGGGGGAGGAGAUGGUGGUAUUCUUAAUGAACUCUUACAGUACUCCCCUAAGUUUGUUACAAUGGUAGAUAUUGAUGAAGAAGUCGUAAACUGUGCCAUAAAAUAUCUACGAGGGAUAUGUGGGGACUCUUUAGAUAACCUUUCUGGUGAACAUCACAAGGUACACAUAGAUGACUGUGUGAAACAGUUAGAACAAUACAUUAAGGAAGGCAGGACAUUUGACUAUGUUAUCAAUGAUUUAACAGCCAUUCCUGUAACCAAAGAACCAAGAGGUUCCUUGUGGGAUUUUUUGAGAUUAAUUCUUGAUCUGUCCUUGAAGGUUCUUUCACCCAAUGGAAAAUAUUUUACUCAGGGUAACAGCUUUAACAAGCCAGAAGCAUUACUAAUGUAUGAGCAACAGUUAGCUAAGCUUUCAUGUCCUGUGGAGUACAGAAAAGAAGGUGCAUUUGUACCCUCCUACCACGAAAAAUGGGUAUUCUACGAGAUACGGAAAACAGAUCAAAGUGCGAAGUCGUAACAGACAAUACUUACAUCGCCUUGGAAUGGACGGAAGCAAUAUUAAUACAACAAUAUUAUGAUAGCUACAAAAUAAAACAAGCUAGC